GUUUGACACCUGACUCUAGUGGGUCAUAAAGCUUCAUUGGUUUGCGCCUUUGCCUUAUGUCCUGCAUAGUGAUCGACGUUCGGUUAUUUCUCCAUACUCGGUCUUCUUUCUCUAUCUGGCGCAAUAAUGCUGCAGAUUCGAAAGUACUGAUUGCCAGAUGGUAGUCUGGUGAUCAAUGGAUUUUGCUUUGAACCAAACACGAGGCCCAAAACGCCACAUCCCUCACCACACUUUCCUCGAUCCCCCAUACUGCCUUCCCUUUGAAAGGGUUGUCACCGUAAAUUGGAUGUGUUACUCACACAUCAAACGGGAGUAGUGCACCAUAUAAUAGUCCCCGACUCACGCAGGAGUCAUGUCGAAUCACGAGGCGAGUCCUUCGGCAAUGAAGACACGCAAGCUUCUUGAGGUCCAAGAGCUGCGUCCCCACAAUGCUGCCCAAUUGUAAGAACAUGAGGCUCAACAAGCAAGGGCCGAAAAAAACAAGCUCUUCAGAAGCGAUCAAACAAAAAGGAAAGAGGAGAAGUAAUAGCUCGUCGCAGGCCAUCUGAUGGGAGCUGGUUCGAAACCCGACGAGACUUCACCACAAAACUUGUGGAAACCCCGAGAACCUGCCUUUACCGCCUGUCAGUCCACAACGAAAAACACUUCCCCUGUUGUUCUGUUGUCUAGCCUUUGAGGUCCGUCCGACAUCCUGAACAAGUGCACUAUUGCUUGCUGCUUGCCUGCUGUCCUACUUGAGGUUGGUACUGUUGUCUUUACAUUUACCAUAUCUCUCUAUCAAUUCCAUCCUCUUGAUUUCGUAUUUCUCAUUUUUACCCAAUAAUUGUUGAUCAGGUUGUAUACAUACCUAAAGUCUCAUUCAUUUUGCUACUCGUAUAGCUGGCUGUUUCCCAAGCCGUUUCACCCGGUUCUUCAAUUGUUCUAGCUUAGUCGCGUUUGUUUCGUUCUCUUUCCUUCGAAAAAGUUCCACCCCUCACUGUCUUUUUUCUGUUCUGGCCACUCGAUACCUUUUGAGCCAGUAUCUGUACCGAACCAGAGUAAAAGAUUAUAUAUCUACAUAGCGUAUACAAUCUUCCACGCACAUUACCGCCUUUUCGGCAGAUACGAUGCAACGCACCAAACUCCGUACUAUGCCAUCUCUCGAUUCUGGGUAUUUUGAACACAGCCCUCCUUCUUCUUCUUCCCCUCCACCAACGGAUGAAGAGAAGAUGAGUGUACCAACACUAGCUGGUGAGGCGCUGGAUUUGUUGGCUAGCCAGGACAUGAUGGCUUUAGGUGAUUUCAUUGCCGAGCUUCGAGAGGAUUACGACCUACGCACGGCCGUAGUUGAUGAGGUAUUGGAACACAUGACUACACACGGGUGGGUCCAGCUUUGGAAGAGGAAAGGGACGGAAGAAGCUUGGAUUAGUGUUACGGAAGACUAGAACACAAUUCAUCCUCGAAGGACACAAACUAUAUUGUUUAUACCUGCAUUGUAAUUGAUGGGCGGGGUCUUCGAGAGCGACGAGCGGGUUCCGGAGGAUCGACAAUCAGAAGUCAAAUAAGAAAGAAGUCUUAUGAGGAAGGAUCCCCAACCAAGAAGUCGUUCCUAACAUCUUUGUAAUUUCGUUGCCCAAUAGUUUAUUUAUCGUCAUUCGUGCUCUACCCUUUAUAUACGUGCUUCUUUUCAUUUCUCAUCGAGCUGUGCUUUUCCUCCCCCCACACUAUCAAUCAUAACAUAUGGCGCUCACAUUGGUAGAUAUUUUCCCUUUCAUCUUGAACAGAAGAACAAGAAAUGUAUAAUAAAAGAACUUAAUUAUUUAAAUGCCAAAAGACAUCGGCGCACAACAUUUAGUUUACGUAAGCGUCUAUUCGCGGAUGAAAUCGUCGUG